AUGUUCAGACUUUCGCCUGGAGUAAGAGCGGUUCACAAUCGAGGCCAUUGCACUUGUCCGACGUCCGCAUUUGGUUCUCAGGUUGCCAUCGUUGAACGGAGGCUACCGCAGCGAUCGAGAGAAAACGCAACGCGUCCUUCGAUGGCCGUCGCCGCGACAGUGGUCAAUAAAUCGGCGAUGAUCGCCAUCGCCUUUGGAACCGGCGUUUUCGCAUUCUACGUAUUCAGGAAGACGUGGCUGGCGGGACUCAAACGUGUUUGGUUUGCCGUGUCCAAAGGCAUGGGCAACGAUGCUUCGAAGGCAGGCGGUGGCACGAAGACCGCCGGAAAGAAGAUGUCGUUGAAGAACGGCGUCAGUAGACCGAGCUGCGAUGGCAGUGCCGCCAAUGCCGAGGAGAAGCAAUCGUUGCUGCUUACCCCGUCCACCAGGACCGUGGGUGACGACGGCUCGAACGUCGCUAUUUCGAAUAUCGGCUCCAAGUGCGAAUGCGACCUGGAGGAGACAGACGACAGCGACGAAGACAGCGGCGAUAACAGUGAGAUCGAAGCGAGUGACACCGCGGUCGUCGACCUGCAAUUUCAGAAACGCGAGUCGUCACUCGCCGACAUGCUAAUCACCUUGGACAGUUUGUUCCGCUACUCGAAGAUCAUCAACGACGAGGAGGCGCGACUCCUGAACACCCUGCUACGCCUGAAAGCGCCAGACACAUUGCUGAAGGUGCUUACCACUCUCAGCAAUCUCGCGACAUUCACUCUUAAUCAGAACUUGCUUCGGCAGCUGGGUGUAUUGAAAUCGUUGACAGAGCUACUUGACGACUGCACUUUGACCGACGCAGAGAAACUUAUGCUCGUCCAAUGUAUUGGCAACAUCGCCGUUAACCAGUCAAACAACAAGUAUUUGCAGGCUGUUCCAUGUCUCGUUGCACUGCUGGACAAGGAAAAGCAGUCGCCUGAUGUGAUCGUUCGUUCGCUCAAUUACUUGACUAAUUUGUACAAAAUGGCUGAAAACCCCGAAGUGAUUCAUCACGUGCUGGACAGACAGCUGCUACCUCUUUUGAACUCCUCUCCUACUAACCUACUGCCAAAGACGACAGUCGAUCAGCUGAAUGAUCAGCUGGUGGCUCUUCAUAAUUACCCAGACUCAGAAAUAUCUGACAGAGUCGACUAUUUAAUGGAACUGGUGGAAGAGUAUUACUGUGACAACUGA